AUGCUGUGCGUCCGCGCGGAGGACGCGCUGGCGGCAGCGGCGGCCGUGGCCGUGGCGUCCGACAAGAUGCGCUCCUCCGUGACCCUGGGCGGCUCGAUCCAGCGGGCGAUGCAGCGGAUGGGCGGCGGCGGGGCCCGGCGAGCGCGCGGCGGCGACACGUGCCCCACGCCGCCGCCGCCGCCGCCGCCGGAGCAGGAGCGCCCGCCGCGUCUCGCGGCGGGGAGCGGCGAGGCGUCGUCGUCGUCGUCAGCGAGCUGCUCCACGGAUGAUAGCAGCAAUGGUGGCGGCAAGAGGGAAGGGGUCCGGAGGGGCGGCGGCAUGCGGCGGUACAGAUCGCAGCUCGAGCAGGAAGUCAGGAAUUUGCAGAGGCAGCUCCAGGAAGAGAUCGACAUGCAUCUGGCGUUGACAGAUGCCAUCGCACACGAUGCCGAGCUGAUACUUAAAUCUUCCACAAAGCUACCGAACAAGGCGCAGGAGCUCGUAGAUAGCAUAUCCUCUUUAGAAAUCACUAUCUCAAAGCUCGAGACGGAUCUAAGCGAUUUACGCUACCAGCUGUGUCAUGUAAGGACUGAAAGGUUACUAGUAGAAAGUAAUCCAGAAUGCUUACUAUCGACACCAUCAACUAGUAAAUGCACAUGGGAUGAACACACAUCGGCGUUAAGAGAUUUUAAGUUGGAGGAAUAUGAGUCAGUUCAGUUAAUGGAAAAAUAUCUGUACCCUGAGCUUGAAGAACGACAGGAUGUUGAAAAAGAGAGUGAAAAUAGGGAGAAGGUGUCUACAAAUGGGCAGCUAGAAGAGCACCAAGAUGUCAGUUUAAAUAUAUUUCUAGAAGAACACCAAGAUGAAGAGAUGCAAGAACCAAGCUCUACAGAGAAGGAUGGCAAAGAGUAUCUUGGAAUAGAUGCAUUGUCAUUUAGCGAAUCUGAUCCGAAGAAACACAGCAUGAAUGGAAACAUGUGCAACAAUCCAAAUCAGCUCUCUGGAGAGAUGGUGCGCUGCAUGAGAGAUAUCUUCCUACACUUAUCUCGAUCAUCGAAGAUAUCACCAAAGUUGUCUUCUGAUAAUUCGUCUUCAUCAGCGGGAUGUUUAUCUGGCUCUACAUUUACGUCUGUGUCAGAUUCAUCUUUGAUGGCCUCAGUGCUGCGAAGCCCUUCAGUUGAUUCAGAUCACGAUGAUGAUAUUAUAGAUGAAGUGGGGAACUUUGAUCCGUACAGUGUUAAUGGGAAGGAAGCUCGAAGAGACAUUGGGAAGUAUUGUUCAGUAGCCGAAGUAUCUUGGAUGAAUGUAUGCAAGGAACAGCUUGAAUAUGCGUCUGAUGCUCUCCAAAAAUUCAGGUCCCUUGUGGAGCAACUAUCAAAGGUUGAUCCUACCCGUAUGAACUGCGACGAGCGGUUAGCGUUUUGGAUCAACCUUUACAAUGCCUUAAUAAUGCAUGCAUAUUUAGCUUAUGGAGUCCCCGGGAACGACAUUAAGCUUUUCUCGCUAAUGCAGAAGGCCUGUUACAAGGUUGGUGGGCAGUCCUUCAGUGCAGCUGAAAUAGAGUUUGUAAUCCUAAAGAUGAAGAACCCAGCACACCGGCCACAAAUCUCUUUGAUGUUAGCCCUUCACAAGUUCAGGGUCACCGAGGAGCACAAGAGGUAUUCGGUCGACGACACGGAGCCCCUGGCACUGUUUGCACUGAGCAGCGGAAUGUUCUCGUCACCUGCUGUGAGGAUUUUCUCGGCCGAGAACGUUCGGCAGCAGCUGCAAGAGUCGAUGAGGGAUUACAUCCGGGCGUCGGUCGGGAUCAGCGACAAGGGGAAGCUGACGGUCCCGGCUUUGCUGCAGAGCUACGGCAAGGGCACGGUGGAGGACUCGCUGCUGGCCGACUGGAUCUGCCGGCAGCUGACGCCGGCGCAGGUGGCGGCGGUGCAGGACACCACGUCGUCGCGCAAGCAGCGGCUCCUCGGUUUCCGCAGCUUCACCGUCGUCCCGUUCGACUCCACGUUCCGGUACCUCUUCCUGCCUGACGACCAGCACUAG